AAAAAAUGUCCGCGUGUUUUUCUCUUGAGUGUGGUUAUUAGGAUUUAUUAGUUAUGUUUUGUUUAUUUUUGCUAAUGGUGUUAGGUGGCGCUGUGUUACGAGAAGAGGUCAGGAGGAGGGGAAGAAGAAGACGUGAGCGCGCAUACCCGGAAGUUUUUAUUUACAACGUGGGUUGGUGGGAUGGCAAUUUGCAUUUUGUACCAUAAAUACCUGAGUCAAGAUGUUAUUUAAACAGUGUCAAAAGUUGAUAUUUUAGUCAUAUUUUUGUUUUUAUAAUGAAAGACUUAGAGCAGAGACAUGCCUCCCUUUUUCUGGAAGUUAGUUUACAAGAUGAGGCGACCCGUCUCCCCCUGCACUCCUCCAUCGUCCUAUUCGUCCUGUCUUAUUGUGAGUGCAAAUCUUUCAAAGUCCACCUAGUCUCCAGCAAGAUCGACAGUUCUCAGACCCUUCAGGGUCAGCUGCCAGAGUUCCUGGUCGUACAGGACGUGCAGCCGGAGGAUCUGCCUAUCCUGGUUCGAGGAUGUCGGCUACCUGCCGUGCUGGACGAAACCGGAAGGCUGUGCAGAGCCGGACUGGCCGUGGUCUUGAGGCACAUCAUCAACAAGAGCGUCGAAGCUGCUCCCUCCAGGAAUGAUGUGCAGGAACUGCUGGGCUUCAAGAAGACUUGUCUCAAAGCCUGUGCUGAGGUGAGCAAGUGGACUAGACUGUGUGAAAUCGGCAUCCCAUCAGCUGUUGAAGAGCACCUUCAAAAUUCCAACAACCAGCAGCCGCAGCCAACCCCUCCUGCCAUCCUUACCCUGGAGCAAAGACUAGCUGAGCCAGUCAAAGUCCACAACGAUGACAAAAUCCGCAGACAGAAGCUCAAGCAGCUGAGACAAAACACAAAUAAAGACUCACCUGAAGUCAACGUGGAUUCCGACCCUGGUGAUGUUGGCCUUGAACUCAAAACCGCUUUGGCUAAACUUUCCACAGCGGCAAGUCCAAGUCCGACCACUAGGGAGAGCUAUGAGAUCAGAAAAGUCAAGACCAACGACCUGCCUGUGCUGGAGCACGUCUUUGCGGAGGGGCUGUACUUCACUCUGACUGAUGUGGUCCUGCUGCCCUGCAUCCAUCAGUACCUGUCUUCCAUCCGAAGCCAUGCUGCCAGCACGCUGCGCCGCCUCCCCCACCUGCUGCGCUGGUACCGCCGCAUUCAGGAGGUGCCCGGGGUACUUCGGGCCGGCGGAAUAUGCGGGAUCACUUUUGUAGCCCUGGAAAAUCCACCGCCCCUCCCAACUGGGCUACCGGUCGAAGGCGACCCGGCAAAUCAACUGGAGCGGGAAGAGGAGACGAGCACGCAGCUGCCUUUUGUCGGCGGCCCCCGGCCCACCCUAACCAAACUUAAAGAAAAUGGCAUCGAGGCGACCUUUGCUCAUCAUCCUUGCCCGGAUUGGGCACUCCCAUGGGACAUCUUACCCGAUGCCAUCAAUCCCACGGAAGGGAAAAUGUCAAACGUCCGCACAGUUAGAAAGAGGCAACAGUUGAAUAAUUUAGUUGCCAUGGUGACGCAGCUAGCCAAACCAGGAGACACUGUGGUGGAUUUCUGCAGUGGAACGGGCCACAUGGGCAUUGUUCUGGCUCACGCCCUCCCACUGUGUCAGGUCAUCCUCAUAGAAAACAAGGAAGAGUCUCUGAUCAGGGCGCACGGUCGCAGCCUAGAGCUCGGUCUAGAAAACAUCGGCUUCAUUCAGGCCAACCUAGACUAUUUCACCGGACCCUUUCAAAUAGGGGUCGCCCUCCACGCGUGCGGCGUGGCGACAGACAUGGUGAUGGAGCACUGCAUCCAGGCGGGCGCCGCCUUUGUCAUCAGCCCCUGUUGCUAUGGAUUCAUCCAGAACGCUGUUAAGUUCACCUUCCCAAGGAGCAAAAGGUUCCAGGAGACGCUGAUUUACAAGGAACACAUGAUGCUGUGCCGCUUCGCCGACCAAACUGCUCCCCAGCUUCCUCCUGAGAGGAGACUCAUAGGGAAGCAAUGCAUGGGUCUAGUAGACUUGGACCGCUCGUGGGGUGCAGAAUCACAUGGCUACCGAGUGCAGGUGAUGACCAUGGAGCCCGAGACGUGCUCACCCAAGAACAACAUGCUGGUAGGAAGACUCAGUAUGGACGAUGGCCCUCACUAACUGUCUGAGAUUGUCAAAUGAAGACUUGAUUCGCCUUUUUUUUAAUUUAAUUUGACACUUUUAGACCAAUAAAGAUGGAGCCAUGUUCUUAAUUUUG